CACAUCCAACAAUAUCGAGAUCACGAGCUAGCUCUAGCUUUACUCGAACAAGGUUGUAGCAAUGGCGCCAUCGUCCAAGAAGCUCGUCGUCCUGUCCCUUGCCCUGAGCCUGAUGAUUGCCGCCGUGCACGGCUGCGGACCCCACUGCCGGACCCCGUCGCCACCACCGCCGGCGACCAGCGGCGGCACCUGCCCGAUCAACACGCUGACGCUGGGCGUGUGCGGCAACGUGCUGAACCUGCUGAAACUACACCUCGGCGUUCCGGCCGACGAGCAGUGCUGCCCGCUGCUGCACGGGCUGGCCGACCUGGACGCCGCCGUGUGCCUCUGCACGGCCAUCCGGGCCAACAUCCUGGGCGUGAUCAACCUCAACGUGACAGCCGACAUCGUCCUCCUCCUGAACCAGUGCGGCAAGACCUGCCCUCCCGGCUUCACCUGCCCUCGCUGAACGUAUCCAUACGCUCCAUGCACCUAUAUACAUACUGUAUACGAGUCUCUCCGUUCCGUUCCAUGUAAGUGUUUGGUCUCGUGCGUCCUCAGCUUCCUUUGCUUGCCAUGAAUGCACGCAGUAGUCCCGAGCCCGAGGUAUGUGCGUGAAAUUGUGUCUGUUGUGGUGUCUAAUUAAAUAAA